UUGCUAACCAUAUGGAUGCUGACAGCAGCAACAUGCCAAAUUAUGGAUAGGUUGCAAGACCCACCUAAUCCAACAUACCUGCUACAUAUUUUGUUUUAUAUGUUGAUUCUGUUGUUUCUGUCGUAAGUAGAUAUGUUCGGCGUCUGAUAGAAUUAUCACUUCCAUUCUUAAGAUAGCGACAUGAUUGAAAUUUCCUUUCUUCUUUUACACGAGCAGAGAGGUCAUUCUUCGUCCUUCAUUACAAAAUGGUUUUCCCCUACAUAUUCUUCCUACUAUUCUCAAGGAAUCUAUUCUGAGAACCUCUUCACACACUUUCCCCUUCACCCUUGAGAGGCCAUCUCCAAUUCAUCACCGUGCUAUUCCUUCAUACUCAGGCCAUUAUCAUACGAGAUUUGACAAUCAGCAAGGACUGGUAAGAAGAUGCUGAAGAAAUUGUUGCCAAAGACUAAGAGCAAGAAGAAGAAGGACGCAGCCUCCUCUGCGAUACCCACGUUGGAUCGGCUCCAUGAGACUCUAGAAAUGCUGGAGAAGAAAGAGUGUUUCCUUCAGAAAAAGUGUUCUGCUGAAAUAGAAAAGGCUAAGGAUUAUACAAAAUCGAAGAAUAAGAAUGCUGCAAUUCAGUGUCUAAAGAAAAAAAAGUUGUACGAGACACAAAUUGAACAGCUAUCAAAUUUUCAAUUGCGAGUUCAUGACCAGAUUAUAAUGCUUGAAAGUGCAAAGGCAACUACCGAUACUGUUGAUGCUUUGCGUUCUGGAUCAUCUGCUGUCAAAGCUAUUCAGCAAUCACUGGACAUCGAUGAUAUUGAGAACGCCAUUGAUGAGGCAAACGAACAGACAGAAAAUAUGAGGCAGAUACAAGAGGCACUUGCAACACCAGUUGGUGCUUCUGCUGAUUUUGACGAGGAUGAGCUAGAAGCAGAGCUGGAAGAUCUGGAGGAGGAAGAGCUCGAUGAAGAGUUGCCCGCACCACCAGUGAGGAUAUCUGCACACGUGGAACCAUUAGCAAAACAAACAUCAUCUUCUAAGCAGAGCAGUGAUUUGAGUGAACUGACCAAACUUCAGGCAGAGAUGGCACUUUAGUUGUAGCUUCAAGCUUGGCUGACAUUGGGAGGGAUCCUGGUGCUUACUUGUAUUUGAAUUUUGUAAAUUCAGGUUGUUGUAGGUAGGGAUGAAAGUGGUAAUCUGAACUGUUAGAAUAAAUUUAAUAUUUUAAAAUAGAUAUGUAUAAAAUUUGAUGGUGAUCAUUUCUUAUAUUAUCAAGCAUAUUAUUACAAAUAAGAAUAAAAUUUUGCAUAAAUUAUUUUA